UUUUUCCUCUUCUUAUUUCUCCUCUUCUCCUUUCGCCUUUUCCUUCGCCAAACCAUCUCCUUUUGCUUCACCGUCCAAAGCGCCGUGGCCACAUCCAACUCACCGACACCGAAAAAGCAUAAGAAAUUGCAAGGGAAAGUGAGAAAUUUGGCUCUUUUAAGAUCCAUUUCUGCAAAAAACCCACUACUUUUUCUUUUUUUUUUGGUUCAAUACCCAGAAUUUUUGUUUGGGUUUUGGUCAUCUGCUGCAAUUGUCCUGUUUCUGUGCCGAAGAUUGGAUUUUGAUCUUCGCUUGAGAUUUCACGACUUGAAUAGUAAACCAUAGAGGAUUAUACUAUGGCUAUUGUGGCGAAGGAUUUUGGGUUCCAUACAAGAAGAGUUAUGAUUAUUUCCAUCAGAACUAUUUACAGAUCUGUUCGCGCUCAUCCCGUUCUUUCCAGUUUGGGUCUUUUCUUGCUUGUACUAUACAACUUAUUUCCUUCUCUAUUCGCUUUCCUCAUUUCCUCCUCUCCUGUCCUUAUCUGCACUACUCUUCUUCUUGGAACCCUUCUGAGCUUUGGAGAACCAAAUAUUCCUGAAAUUGAAGAAGAGAAAACCAAUACUCGGGAAGUUUCAUCUUUGAAAGCUGGGCCUUCUAGCAAUGAUCUUCGUGUGCACCAAGAUGAGAGUGUUACUUCUCAGUCCCAUGUACGAAAUGGAUUGAUGAAUGAGGAAUCGCCGUUAGAAGAGAGUGCGUUUAGUGAGGAAACUGAUUGUGUUUAUAGUGAUGGAGAGGAGCAUGUUCCUCUUGUGAAAAGAGACGAUGAGAGAGACGAGAAAGAUGAUUCUUGUUUGGCUGCGAUACAUUCCGUUAAGAAUGAUGUCGAAAUGAUUAAUGUUGAGAACCUAAUCAAUAAAGAAAGAGAUGUUCAUGGUCUGGAAAAGGCUGAGAAGAUCGAGGAUCCUGUCGAGAAGCAAGAUGAAGUUGGUGAAGCUGUUCAUGAUUCUCCUACUACCAACGGAAAGGAAGUUGAAGACCUUGGAAUGGGGAUUGAUAAGCCCGAAGCGAAUAACGAAUUUGGUUUCUCUUUGGGUUCUCCUUGGCAGCGCAUCAGCGAUCAUGAUGAUGUUUCUGAUUCUGAGUCUGAUCGGGCUGAGAGCUCCUCUCCUGACGCGUCUAUGGCCGACAUUAUUCCUAUGCUUGAUGAGCUCCACCCACUUUUAGAUUCUGAAUCUGCUCCUCCAAAUAUCAAACAUAUUUCAGCUUCUGCUUCAGACCAUGAAUCUGAUGAUUACCAUGACGACGAUGACGACGAUGACGACGGUGAUGAUGAUGAUGAUGAUGUUGAUGAUGAUGAAAGUGUGGAAGAAGGAGCUGAAAAUAAUGGGGCCGAAGAAAAUAAGGAAGUGGAGGGGAAGAAAGAAGAUGAAAAUGAAGCUGUAGUCUCGUGGACGGCAGAUGAUCAGAAGAAUCUAAUGGAUCUUGGUUCGUCCGAGCUUGAAAGGAAUCGAAGGUUGGAAAGCUUAAUUGCAAAGAGGAGAGCAAGAAAGAAUUUUCGGUUUGAUCUUGAGAGGAACUUAAUAGACCUCAAUGGCAACGAUUCUAUGGAGUUAUCGCGCUUUCGGCUUGCACCCAUUUCCGCACCCCGAGGUAAUCCUUUCGAUCUUCCCUAUGAUUCGGAGGAAACAAUGGAUUUACCCCCAAUUCCCGGUUCGGCUCCUUCCGUUUUACUUCCUAGGGGUAAUCCGUUUGAUCUUCCUUAUGAUCAGCCAAAUGGAAGUGACAAUGCCCUAAGAGAGACUUGGAGCCCUAGGGAGACUUUUGUGUCGGUUCCACAGAGGGAAAUGCUUUUCAGACGGCAUGAGAGCUUCAAUGUGUCUGGUGGGGAGCUUCGCCAAGAGAGGCGUGCUUCGAUGUUGCGACCAUAUUUUGUUGCAGAGAAUAUUGAAUCGGAGGAAAGAACGUCUGCCACUUUUAACAGGCAAUACAGCGAUAAGAGUGAUUCGAAGUUGAGUUCAGUUCCAGAAUCAGAUACCGUUUCUUCAGUUACUGAUUUGGAUUAUAAUAAGGACUUUGUUGAGCAGGAAUUUCAUCCUGAGGACGAAAAUGAGAAUUUACCCUUGGAUGAAGUUGAAGCAGCAGUUGUUGAGCGAGAGACGAAUGAAGAAUUUAUUGUGACCAAUGACCAUGAAAUUCACUUGAAUAAUCACAUGAAUGUCGAGGAAACUCAGCAAAAUGUUCAAUUCAUUGGAUCUUUGGAGGAAAAUCAUGGUGAAGCAAUAAAUCUAAGUUCAACAAUUUCAGAUGCUGGUGGAUUUGGAGAGAGCGAAGAGAAACAUGAGGAUUUGAUCUCCACUUCUUUGUCAGAAGCAACCACUAAAGGUUCCAUGGAAUUUCAUGACCGGAUAGAUAAUCUGGAAGUGGCACGGAACUCCAUGCUGUUAGGUCGUGCGGCUUCUGAUCUUAUUAGCUGGGAAGACAAAAUUGGCGACAAUCAGCUCACGGAGGUCGUCUACGAUUCUAGUCCACCAGCAACUGAGAAAUCUCUGUCUAAUGUAUCAGCGCUUAAUGAAGUGCUGUUCGAUGCAGGUAAAAGUAGCCUAAAUGCUAGUUCUUCAUUGGAAUCAAACAUGGAAAUGAAUUUAGAGAAGGAAUUUUCUGAAGUUGGAGACUUUCCGUCAAUUAAUACCAACCUGGUAGGAGAAAUGGCUUCUGACGAUGGAAAGAGUUGGGCAGCUUCAUCAAGUAUACCUUUAAUCGAUGGAAUCGAAUCAAAAUCAAGGGAGAUUGGCGAAUCUAAUGUUUCUGAGGUUGGUUUAUCAACGAUUCAUGUAGGUUCUGAAAAUUAUAUUAUCCAUCAAUUGAGUUCAGAUUUAAUGGAGAGCAAUUCGAGUUCAACUACUUUAAUCGAUAUCGGCGAUAUCCAUCAAAAGAAAGUUGAUGGUCUUGGUGAUCAAACGUCUAAUGUGGAUAACUUACUUUCGUCGGACGAUUUGAUCUCAAGCGUUCCGCCAUAUGCAGCUCAUUUUGAGAUGUCUCUUAUCAGUAGUAUGGACUUGCAUCCGAUACCCGAGGAGAAGGUAGAAGAUUUUAAAUCUGAAAAGGACCAAAAUAGCAAGUUAUUUUAUGAUUCGCUUGCUGGUUUAACUGGGUUUCAGGUCAUAGGGGGCGAAAAUAUCCAUGCAUCUCAUAUUGAACAAGAAUUAUCCUUCAUUGAUAUGAAUUAUGUAGUGGGAUCUGGUAAUCAUGGUGAUGAAACCAAACUGAUUAGCGAGACAGAUGAAGGAGGUUCGCUGUUUGUUCCUCCUCUUGUUCCUGUUCAUAAUGGUUCAACAGUGCUGAAAUAUGAGAAUGUGAUCGGCUCUGGUAUUGAUUUAAUUGAAUCAGGAGAUUUGAUUGAUUUAGUUCCAAGCAGGCUCGAAGGCAGUUCUUCAAAGUAUCUAGACGACUCGAACGAGGAGCUGCGUGUUUUUGAAGCUUGGCCUGGCGAGGAGCUCAACUCGCUAGUUAAGCAAAUCUAUGGAGGAGUGCAAGUAUCUUCUGUGUUAGACCCCACAGCAAAGGUCGAAGUCGAGCCGACUGAAUUUGGGCUUCGCAAAAGUGGUCCAGAGGUAAGGGAGACUGAUUUGGAGAUGCUAGUUUUUGAAGCCAGAUCAAUUGAAGAUGUAGGUUCAGCUUUCGAACAUCUAAGUACAGGUCGUGAUGAAACUAAAAUUUUGGAAGUCGGUGUUUCGGAAGUUAUACAAGGUAGAACGAACUUGGAGCUGAUUGAUGUUAAUCCGGAGACAAGAGAGACUGAUUCGGAGUUGCCUGUUCUUAAGCCGAAAUCGAUCGAAGAAUUGGAAUCAGCUUUUGAACAUUUAAGCAAGGGUCUUGAUAAAACUAACAUUUCAGAAGUUGGGUCGCCAGAUGUUACAGCAGGUAGACUAAAUUUGGAGAAAAAUGAGAUUAAUUCGGAUUUGCAGGUCGUUGAAGCAAAAUCUGUUGACGGCUUACAUGAAGCUUUUAAGCAGCUCUCUGGUGAAGCAGAAGCGAAAAAUGGGUCUGGAAAGUUUGAAGAAAAUGAAAAGCAUGUAGAGACUGACGUUCCUGAAGUCCAACCAGCUGAAGAGAUCGAGCAGGCAUCUGAAGCAGCAGUUAUUUCAGAAGCUGGCCGACAUUUGGAAAAAGAAGAUGAAAGAAAUGAUGAAGUUGCAGCCAUAACAGCUGUAGUUGGUUCAAACUCGAAGAAGACAGGCAAGAAACACAAGUCUAGGAAAUCCAGGUCGAGUUCGAGCUCGAGCUCGAGUGAUUCUGAGUGAUUCAUGGUUCAAGCAAAAAAAACAAAAAAAAAAAAAUUCUCUCUACAGUGCAUGUGUGUUCAUUGAUUUCACAGGUGUAUGACUAGGAGGCUUGUAGGGAAGGUGACUGUUUUGCCACGCAAUUACCUUGAAACUUUUUGUGUAGAUUCUGGUAGAGGGCUUUUACCUUUUUCUUUUCUUUUUUCUUGUAAGAAUUACUUCUUUUUUUGUUUGUGUGUGUGCGCGCGCGUUCUAUUUUGCUUGCGAGUUUUCGUGCCUUUAUACUUCUCUAACUGUCUUGUUGCUUGGAUAGAUGAUUGAGGCUUGGUUAUCUUGUAAUUUAUAUCUUUUAGUGUAAUGGAAUGGCAAAAAGACAUUUUUUGUGAAUGAAUGAAUGAAAUGAGUUCUCUCCUCA